AUGCUGCCUACACCUGACACCUCACAUGUCUCUUUCGACACCAUUUACGAGCCAGCUGAGGACUCGUACCUCUUCCUGGACACGCUAUCCUCAGCAUCCGAGUCAAAAUGGCUCACUGAGAGAUUCCAGCCUAGCCCAACCACCCCAAACACCGUACCCCUAAUCGUCGAAGCAGGGACCGGCUCCGGGGUGGUACUGGCCUUUGCAGCCGCCCAGUCCCAAGAGAUCUUCGGCCGGCGUGAUGUGCUCACGCUGGGGACAGACGUGAACCGGAACGCAUGCACAGCGACCCGCGAAACCGUGACAGCAGCCAUCCGGUCCCAGCAACAGCAGUCAGUAUCAGCGGCGCAUCCACCACUGCAAAGCGUUCACAUCUCAUCCUUAACCGCAAACCUAUGCACGCCACUACGCGCCGGCAGCGUGGAUGUACUCCUCUUCAACCCGCCAUACGUGCCCACUGAGGACGUACCGCAACUUCCCUCGGCAGCGCAGAACGACCCCUCUUCUUUGACUGCAUCUCUGGAGCAGUCCCGUUCUGCCAAAUUCGACAGCGACUCGUAUUUCUUGUCAUUGACCUAUGCCGGCGGCACCGACGGCAUGGAGACGACUAAUCAGCUGCUGGACGCUAUCCCCGACGUGCUGGCUGCACGCGGGGUCGCGUAUGUGCUGCUAUGUCGCCAGAACCGGCCUGAGGAGGUGAAAGAGCGCAUCCGGGGCUGGGGUGGGUGGCGGGCGGAGACGGUUGGGUCGAGUGGGAUGCAGGCUGGGUGGGAGAAAUUGGUUAUUGUGCGGAUUUGGAGAGAGGUGUAG